CACACACAUAAACCUAACUAUAUAGCUCAUUAAAAACCCUAGCUUCAUUUUUUGUUCUCCUCUCCAACUCCCAUCAGCAGCACCACUAGCAGCAGCGGCGGGUAGCGUCGAAGCUUCAACAAUGGGGAUAGAUUUGAAAGCAGGAGGUAAGUCCAAGAAAACCAAACGUACAGCACCGAAGUCGGAUGAUAUCUAUCUUAAGCUUCUUGUUAAGUUGUACCGGUUUCUUGUGAGGAGAACUCAGAGCAAGUUCAAUGCUGUGAUACUGAAGAGGCUUUUUAUGAGCAAGAUUAACAAGGCCCCACUCUCUCUUUCAAGGCUUAUUACGUACACAAAAGGAAAGGAGGGCAAGAUUGCCGUGGUCGUGGGGACAGUAACUGAUGAUAUUCGAGUUUAUGAGGUGCCCACAUUGAAGGUCACUGCUUUGAGGUUUACAGAGACAGCUAGGGCCAGGAUUGAGAAGGCAGGAGGAGAGUGCUUGACAUUCGAUCAGCUUGCAUUGAGAGCUCCAUUGGGACAGAACACAGUUCUCCUCAGAGGCCCAAAGAAUGCUCGUGAAGCUGUCAAACAUUUUGGCCCAGCUCCUGGUGUGCCACACAGCCAUACCAAACCAUAUGUUCGUGCAAAGGGAAGGAAGUUUGAGAAAGCUAGAGGAAAGAGGAACAGCAAGGGCUUCAGGGUCUAAUUUUAUUGUAGUGAUAAAUUGUGAGGCAGUUUGUUUUGAUUUUGACUCUGUUCCAAUUUUUGUUCGACUUUAGGUUUCUAAAGAUCUUGUUCAUUUUAUUUCCAUUUGGGUUAUUGAUUAAUCCGCAUGGAUUGUUUAAUGCUCAGAUAUCACACUUGGUUAUGCGUAAUGAAUUAUUGAAGAUCGCAAUUUUCUCCCUCAAA